AUGUUCCUCGCCUGCUUGCCCCAGGUCGACGGCAUGUCGGUAGUGCAGCUCACUGGUGUGAUUCGGUUCCAGGAGGCGUGUGGGAAGGAGUGUAACCGCGCAAGAAAUGAGACAAGAGCUGCGGCGCCACUUCAAGCUUCUCCCGAUCGUAGCUCAGAAGUCACACGUCAAUCAGCUCUACUACACCCUACACUACACACAAAUCCAAUCAACAUGUCCAAGAAGGCUCCCCUUUUCCUCGGUCUCACUGCCGCUGGCGGUGUCGGCUACUACCUCUACAGCGCUGGCGGAAACCCUACCGCCGCGGAGAAGAAGUUCGAGAGUGACGUUCACAAGGCAUCCGCCGAGGUCAAGUCUCAUCUUCCCGGACGCACGCCCGACGCCCAGAACAAGGGCGCGCAAUUUGGUGCUAAGCUUGACGAGGCCGUCGCUGAGGCCGACAAGAAGUUCUCUGCCACCAAGAGCAACGUCGAGGCGUACGCCAAGGACGCAAAGGCCGAAGCCUUGAAGAAGGUCGACGCCUUUGACAAGACCGUCGAGACCGAAGCCGCCAAGGCCAAGAGCGGCAUCUCCAGCUGGUUCGGCGGCAAAUAA